AUGGAGACAACCGAUGGAUCAAAUGAAAGAACUCUAAGUUUGUAUACAAUGCAAGAGUUGUGGAAAGCAAAAGGAGAGAUGAAGAUAGCAUUUCUCAAGUUUCUCAUUUACAAACUCAAGAUUCUCAUCAAAUUAGUUUCGGCUCUAUUUGGUCUCAGACCUCGUCCUAAUCCGUAUGGAUAUGGCUAUAAUGGCUAUAAUGGCUAUAAUGGCUAUAAUAGCUAUAAUGGAUAUAAUGGCUAUAAUGGCUAUAAUGGCUAUAAUGAUAACAAUGCAAACAAUGACGAAAACUUUGUGUCGGCGGCGCUGUUUGGAGCGGUAGAAGACGGCAACCUUAAUGCUAUUGAAGAACUUUUUACCAUUAGCUCCAACAUCGAUGCCAAUCAAUCUAAUCGGCACGGAGAGUCUCUUUUGCACUAUUGUUCUGGUUUGGGAUAUUUGGACAUUUUACGAUUUUUACAUAGUAAAGGAGCUGAUAUUACCUUAACCGAUGAGCGAGGUGACUCUAUAAUCCAUUGGGCUGGUCGACAAAAUCACUCACCAAUAAUUCGUUAUUUCUACGAUAAUGUGGCGAAUGUGAACCAAACUAACAAAAAUUUGGAGACACCGUUACACGUGGCCGCACGUUAUGGACACGUCGAAGCCAUUGAACAGUUGUGCAAAUGUGGAGCCAAUGUUAAUGCAAUCGAUGAGCACGGCGAGACAGCGAUGUUAAUAGCCGUAUGGCAUGGGUUCCCGAAAAUUGUACAUAUAUUGGGUGAAGUGAACGCUCAAACCGACGUCAAAAAUAAGGUCUUAACACAUAAAUACAUGAAUAUAUGUAGGAGUUAUGAAAUAACUGCUAGUUUUGUUCGGGAGGGAGAGACUGCCCUUCAUGUGGCUUCAGCCCGAGGCCACACUGAAUGUGUUCGCUGUCUACUCGAUGCCGGCGCCCGAACUGAUGUCAGAAAUAAGCACUGUUACACUCCUUUGCAUUUGUCAUUAAAACGCCAACACGUGUCGGCGGCGGCACUACUUCUACGCGCCGGCGCUGACAUCGAGGCCAUUGAUGAUCGCGGAGAGAGACCUAUCCAUUACGCCUCACGAUUUAAUUUGUUUCAAACGUGUCAUACAUUAUGUUCAUUAGGCUGUAAUGUGAAUGCGCCCAAUAAACAAGGCUUAUAUCCUUUACAUUUAGCUGCAAAGAACGGACACAUCGAGAUAGUGAGGUGUCUUUGUUUGGCCGGAAGUAUUGUUGACACGAAGAAUAGGGAGAGUAUGGAUCAGAUGUUAAUUAUGCCACAAAUUUGUGCCAUCGCUCAAAAUCACAACGAAAUCGCAGAUCUGUUGACGAGAUUAAGCAAUGAAGAGACCAAAGAAGAAUACAUUUCACAAUUAGUGCCUAAUAAUCAACAGAUCGGACGCUUUAAGCUUAAAAUAAUGGGAGAUUCGGGUUCGGGAAAGACUACUUUGAUUGAGUCGUUCAAAUGCGGUUACUUUAGCAGUUGGUUUCGGCGAUCGUCUAAAUCACUCAAUAAUUCUCAUCAUAAAAGAUGUGAUAAAAUGUCACCCAAUUGUUGUGUCGAGUCUUCGACGUCAAGCAAUGCUCAGUCAGAGUCGAUGAACACCUGUGUUAACCAAAGCCGUGAUAAGUGUACAAAUAGUACGCUUGGCAUUGAUUGCCAACAGUUGACCAUUUCUGGUGUCGGAGAUAUCAGUAUUUGGGAAUUUAGUGGAAACGAGCGCUUCAAACAAAUAUAUGAUCAUUUCAUUGGCGAUACAAACUGUUUGAACGCAAUUGUCUUCAGGCUUUGCGAUCCAAUUGAGAUUCAAAUACAAAGUAUUAUGUUUUGGUUGUAUUUUCUUCAAAGUCGAACACCAGUGUUGGAACCGUUGACUAUUUGUGGCAAAAGUAAUAAACCACUCAAAGUGAUAAUUAUCGCCACUCACGCAGAUCUGGUCAACACCUUAUCUGAAGACAUCAAUACAAAUAUAAGACAUGUAAUGAUGACUAUAAGUAAUGCAUUCAACAAUAUCUUCGAUAUACACGACCACAUGUUUGUGAUGGACGCCAAUGCUGUCGGUUCGGCAGCAAUGAAACAAUUGAAACAGUAUUUAAAUUCAAUGAAAUGUCAAGUUUUACAGACAAUACCGCAUUCGACCGCUUUUUUAGAGGCUGUCAUCUCUUUCUUAAACGUGUGCCGCAAAGCUUCGGUCACUUUUCCUGUGCUUUCAUUGAAUCAAUUCAAAGAGAUUAUAAGAUCACAAAUCAAUCCAUUGGCCAGCGAUGAGCACUUCAAACAACUGUUACUACAAUUGCAAACAAUGGGAGAAGUACUGCAUCUGUUGUGCAGAACAGAGAAUAGUCAGGAAUUGAUUGUUUUAAGUCCGCGUUGGCUUACAGUUGACAUAAUCGGUCAUCUGUUAAGUGAUGACAACAUGUCUGCGAGUCGUACGACAGGAAUCUAUUCUGUCGAUGAUAUUCAGCUCGAGUUUCCCGAAACGGAUGCACUCGACUUACUUCAGGUGUUGGAAGCCAUGGGUCUAUGCGUUCAAUGCGAUCACGAGGGAGACAUUGCUUAUGAGUUCCCAUCCCUUCAACACCAGUCACCAAAUGAUUGUCAAAAUUGGAUCUCAGAGGACAACACUGGAGAGCAUGAUAUGCAUGAUAUGGUCUACUGUGGAGUAGGCAUUGGAUGUGAAGACAAAGUUCCCGGCGAUCACAUCCUAAUCACUGUCUUUUCUCGCAUUCAAAUCUCAUUGAGAAUAGCAGUGAAAUCACAUCCAGAAUAUUCAGUCUAUGAGUUAAACAAUUGGUUCAAACACUCGACGCUAAGUGUGGGUCCAAUUGAAGCCAUCCUAACCUGUAAUGCAAUGAAUGAAUGCAUUGAACUGAAAGUUCGCGGAACCAAACAUAUGACAAAUGAAUGCUUUCUCUUCAUGGAAGACAUUCUCAAUAUUAUCGACACAACUAUUGGACAGAUAUGUUGUGGUCUUGUUUUGCAAAGACAUUACUUAUCGCCAAAACACAUGUCUCAACACAAACCUAAUAUAUCGUAUUAUUCUUCGCAUUCAAUCAUUGAAGCAUUGCUUUCAUGCGAUGAACAAUCUGUUGACCAAACCAUCAAAAGUAAUGACUCGACAGUCGAAGAAAGAAUUAGUGAUAUUAUCUCAUUUGGAAUCAAUGACUUGAAUGCCAUCAGAAGAAGCGCCAAAUUUACGUCCAUUCCAUCAAUAAGUUCGUUGAUGUCAUCGCCGGUCACAUCGACUCCAUUCAAGUGGUGUGAAGGCUAUGCCGGCGGACCCACUCUUGUAACGAGUCUUCACUCAUCCAAUCUGUCGCUCCUAACGAAGCAAAGACUGUGUGCAGUGUUAGACCCGCCCGAAGCCAUAGGCCGUGACUGGUGUUUGUUUGGUAUACUCUUAGGCAUGACUGAUAAGUUGCCUAAAUUAGAUCCGGGCUCUCAUACCGGUCCACAACUCAGUCCCACCGCCCGACUCAUCGAUGAGUGCAUUCGUGAGCCAAACAACACAAUCAAACUUUUGGUCAACAAAUUGCAAGAAUUGGCGCGAAUCGACGCAAUCCAAGUCAUACUACAAACGGCACCACUAUUUAAGAUGUGUCCGACGUCUUCACCCAAUCAAUGUCUCCCAUAUAAUGACGAGACGGUAACCGUUAGCAGUGGUAUCAGCAGUGGUUCCCACGCCUCGAGUACCAAUCUAUCCCGAUAG